AACCCGAUUCUGUUGGGUUCUGCUGUGCAAUAACGCAGUGCUACCAGAACGCCCCGCACAAAGCAAAUGACUCCCAGCGCGUUCCGUGUCCUGACGCCGUGUUAAAACUCUUCCAGGUGAUGCCUUUUUCAUUGACCUCCAAGCGCCUGGAGCGGCUGAAGAACAACGUCAUGAUUAUCGAGGCGUGGAACAAGAUGGGAAGCCCUGGCUGUGACAGGCUGCUGGGACUGGUGAAGCUGCCCCUCCAUCAGUUCUACGUCUCGUUCAAGGAUCCAACCAUUUCCCACCUGCUCCUGCAAGCUCAGUAUCCCGUGGUUGCUGUGGACAGCUACAUGCCCGUGAUAGACGUCUUCACCGGCAGUAAAAGUGGAAGCCUGCGGGUCAUUCUGGCGAUGGGGUCAGCGGAUCAAAUAGUGGCACUGCAGAGGCUAAAAAACGAAGAAGGAAUGGUGCCUCCCGUCACCCGGCGCCCUGCCCACUCUCUGGACCCUCCUCCCCCAAAGCCCACAGUGCAGUUCGAGAGAGAAGGGGAAGAGCUGAUGGAGCACGUCUUUGAGGUUCACGUGGAGAGCGUGAAAGGGCUCACCCCCCUGCAGUCCACAGUCUGGGGGGAGGCUGACUGCUACGUGCAGUACCAUUUCCCAGUUCAGGAGCCUGGCUCUGGUGCAUUGCAGGGAUCCGAACUGCACGAGGAUGGCAUCAAGUUAAAGCCCUUCCGCACAGCAACCGCUUUGUGCAUUCCCGAUCCUGUCUUUAACGACGAGCGUCGCCAUUCCUUGUUGGUUCCUGCCGAUGUCCCAGUUCAGAGGCUCCUCGUCGGUGCAUUGAUGGCCCCAGGAGCAGUCGGAGGAGGCAUCCAGUUUGAAGUCUGGUGCAG